UUAAUUUCCCUAAUUGUGUUGCAGGUUCUACUUUGAUUUUUCUGCAACCUAUGUUGGAGUUGGAAUGAUUUGUCCAUACCUUGUGAACAUAUCUGUCCUCUUGGGAGGCAUUUUAUCAUGGGGAAUCAUGUGGCCUCUUAUUGGCAAUCAGAAGGGACAUUGGUACCCAGCUAAUCUUUCAGAUUCAAGUCUUCAUGGCCUUCAAGGCUACAGGGUGUUCAUCGGUAUUGCAAUGAUUCUCGGUGAUGGCCUUUACCAUUUCUUCAAGGUUUUGGGUCGAACAGUUAUUGCUUUAGUUUCUCAAAUGCAAGGUAAAGGAACCAGUACUCGUCCCAUCUCAGAAGAUGGCAAGGCAGCAGAUUCUGAUGCUGCUGUCUCCUUUGAUGACAAGCGACGCUCUGAAUUCUUUCUCAAGGACCAAAUCCCAAAUCUAGCUGCUUUAGCUGGUUAUGUCGUUGUUGCUGCUAUCUCCAUUGGCACUCUACCUCACAUUUUCCCACAGCUAAAAUGGUACUAUGUCUUUGUUGCCUAUAUCAUCGCACCAGUUCUUGCCUUUUCCAACGCUUAUGGCUGUGGCCUCACCGAUUGGUCUCUUGCCUCGACCUAUGGAAAGCUUGCAAUCUUCACCAUUGGAGCUUGGGCAGGAGCCAACCAUGGAGGUGUUCUUGCUGGCCUUGCUGCUUGUGGUGUAAUGAUGAGCAUCGUUUCAACUGCUUCUGACCUUAUGCAAGAUUUCAAAACUGGCUAUCUCACCCUCGCAUCUCCAAAGUCUAUGUUUGUUAGCCAAGUGAUUGGAACUGCGAUGGGCUGUGUUAUUUCCCCUUGUGUCUUCUGGCUCUUCUACAAGGCUUUUGGUGAUCUGGGGCUUCCAGGGAGCGAGUAUCCAGCUCCCUAUGCUCUUGUUUACAGAAACAUGGCGAUUCUUGGAGUCGAUGGCUUUGGCUCUCUUCCUAAGAACUGCCUCACUCUCUGCUACGUGUUCUUUGCUCUUGCUGUUGCCAUCAAUUUGUUGAGAGAUAUUGGACCGAAGAAGGUUUCAAGGUUUAUACCGCUGCCAAUGGCGAUGGCGAUUCCUUUUUAUUUGGGAUCAUACUUUGCUAUUGAUAUGUGUGUAGGGAGUUUGAUACUCUUCAUAUGGGAGAGGAUUAAUAAGGCGAAGGCUGCUGCUUUUGCACCUGCGGUUGCUGCUGGUUUGAUUUGUGGAGAUGGUAUAUGGACUCUGCCUCAAUCGAUUCUCGCUCUGGCGAAGGUGAAGCCACCCAUUUGCAUGAAGUUUUUGAAGAGGUCGACGAAUGACAAAGUGGAUACUUUCCUAGCGAACUUAUCGUAAUUGUCGCUGCUCAUGGUAUAUGUCCAAAUAUCGGUUUUUACUUGCUGAAGGGAAUUAAUUUCUUUCAGUAUAAUUUCUUUCUCCGCAUGGAAGUUAUAGGUAUAUGGUUUGAAGAAUUGUUGAUAUUAGGUGGAUCUUUAUUAUUUUCCGUUUUUAUAUUUUUGUUUCCGUUGUAAUAUAUCGCAUUCUUAGACUUAUGUUGAAUAAGAAACUAAAGACUUCUUCUAGCAAAAUGUCCUUUUGGUUGUCUGUA